CUGCUUGCUACUCCCGCUUCCGGUUCCGGUAGCAGGUGGUCACGCUGUGUUCUAGCCCCUGGCCAUGGCAGGCAGCCGACUGGAAACCGUGGGGAGCGUCUUCUCGCGGACGCGGGAUCUGAUGCGGGCUGGGGUGUUGAAAGAGAAGCCCCUCUGGUAUGACAUUUAUGACGCCUUUCCCCCGCUGAGGGAGCCGGUCUUCAGAAGGCCCCGCUUGCGUUAUGGCAAAGCCAAAGCUUCCAUCCAGGACAUCUGGUACCACGAGGAUCGGAUCAGAGCGAAAUUUUAUUCAGCCUAUGGAUCUGGUCAAAAAGCUUUUGAUUUGUUCAAUCCAAACUUCAAGUCUACCUGUCAACGGUUUGUGGAGAAAUACACUGAGCUACAGAAACUUGGAGAAACAGAUGAAGAGAAAUUAUUUGUGGAAACAGGGAAGGCUUUAUUGGCAGAAGGUGUCAUUUUAAGACGAAUAGGAGAACCAAGGACUCAACAGGAAGGUAGUCACAUUUCCUCAAGAUCCGAACACAUGAGUGUCAGACCCCAGACUGCGCUGGAAGGAAACCAGCCUGAGAAAGAAGUCCCACAGGACCAGAAUUCGGCAGCACCUGAAGAACAGCCAAAAGGUCUCUGACCGCCCUGAAGAUUGUAUACUGUGUAUACUGACAUCCACACUGUACUGACUAGACGAAUGCUGAGCUAUUUAUAACAGUUGAACUGUGUAAAUGUUUCUUAAUCUCUAAGGCAUUAGAGAUUUGUUUGUCUUCUCUUAGUUCUGAUUUCUGGGUUGUCAUAAAGCCUCAGUAUCAUGGUUGGAAAGAAGCAGUUAUGUGAACUUUUAUGUUAGGACAUUACUAAAUAAAAAAUUCCCUAGCUGCUUAUAAAGUAAAUUUACUUUGAAAUUGUAAAUUACAUGAGGAAACCUUUAUAAAGAUUGUUUGAGUGGGACUCAGAUUCUGAGUAGGCUUGCUUGGAUGUUUGUUAGCAUGUGGGCUGGCUACAUUUGAUUCCCUGGUCUGUGUCUCUUCUCUGGAUUAUCACAUUUACCUGUACACACGGUGUGGUCCCUUGGCCAGCUGUUUCUGUCUGUAGAAAGUCUUUGUCCUUUUUGCCAUAGAACUAUUAACCUUCAACCUGGGAGGCCAAGCUGACUUGUGCUUUGCGGUAAGAGUGAGGACCUGAGACUGCUGAGGGACAAAAGGCCAAGACUAUAACUUUAAUUUUAUGGAUUGAGUGUGCUGGGGCCAGUUAAUGUCGGCCUGCACAUAGUGGGCUGCUCGGUACAUGUUUGUUCAAUGAAUGAAUGACUACAUCCAGCUAAAGACUGCACUCAGGUGGCGUCUCUGUGGGUGACUGGAGUGCCAAGAGGGAGGCAGCUGAUUUGGAUGAUGCUGUCUGCCAGCAUCCACCUGCCUCUCUGGGGCCAAGGCGUGCUUACAGGUUCUGCCUUCUUCAUUUUCCUGUGUUUUACUAAAUAAAUGAAAUAUUCCUCUGA